UAUUCAAUUUACAAAUUAUGUCAAACAUUAACACAUAACACAAUACAUAAGAGCUCUUUCACAGAUACAAAAACGAAAAGUCAAUAAAUAAAAUAAAUUAAUUUACAGAAUAUAUUCCCAAAGUCUCAGAUAAGAUAGAACCUAAAUAAUAACAAAUAAAUAAAUAAUUAAUUAAAUACUAAUAGCUAAUACAAAAUCAUUAUAUCAUAAAAUGCCAGAGAGUACAUCAAAUAUCUUUUCAUAGUAAUCUAAAAAUUGUGUAUUCUUUUUAUUUUUAACCAGGGCUAAGGAUUUAUAAAGUGAAUUAAAUUCAACCAAAGGUUACCACAGACAGAGUUGCUGUCUGUAGCCCUAGCGAUGACGUCACGCCCUCCUCCUCCAACGGAUGUUUGUGGUUGCCUAGCAACGCCGCUCCGCUGGUUUCCUCACUGAUAAUCGUUACAGUGUCCAAUGCAGAGCGCUGGAGGUGAGGGAGGAGGAGAAGAGGAGGUGAGAGAGGAGGAGAGCCAGACUGAGGAGGACAGGGAGCUGCAGGAUGGGAGAGACCCAGCAGAGGACUGUGAGCCGACUGCUCCACCUGCUCAGUCUGGCUCACAGAACCAGUCCGGACCAGAUCCUGAAGACCCGACCCCCCAGCUCCACCCUUACCACAGCGGUGCAGAUGACGACUCCCCUGCAGCCACAUACUCAGUGCAAGAAAAUGUAGCUGAGGUGCGGCUGGGACUCCCCCUCUCAAACCUUAACGCAUCAGAAGAGAUGGAGGAGCAGGAGGAGGAGGAAGAGGAUGAAGAUGAGGAUGAGUUCAUCGUUCUUGACUCUGAACAUCCGCUGGUCAGAAGGCAACAAGCUGCUCUGAGCCUCCAGCUCACUAAUCAGCUGGAGAGGAUCAACCUCAACCUGAGGGAAAAGCUGGCCAUAGAGAAGGAAGAAGAUAACCACCUGCAGGAGAUACGCAUUGAGAUGUUCAGGGUUCAGGAGCAGCUGGCCAGACUCCAGAACAAACAGGAUGAGCGUCAUCAUACCAAGACACAGGCUGAAGCCAAACACCAGCAGACUCAGGAUCAGCUGGAGGCCCUGAGGAGCCAGUUUUCUACCGCUAGCAGCCAGGACACCAAAGCUAAAGCUAGCGUGUCCCAGUUACAGGCGGAGCUGGACGACCUGAUGCUGCAUCUGGUCUUCACACAAGGAGUCAGUGAAGAUCUGCGCUCUAAUGUCAAAGCCAUGAAGAACGUCAGAAGCAAAGCAGGAGCUGAGAAGAGCCAGGCGGAGGAGCAGAAGUUCAAACAGGAUUUGUAUGUGGAGCGUCUAACAAAGGACAUGGAGAGGCUGACGCAGCAGGUAGCCAUGUAUGAGGCUCAGACCAGAGCUCAGGUAGAGGAGACACAGGCAGCCCAGGAGGCUCACUCACAGGCUGAGAUAGAGAUGGAGUCUCUGGUGAUGGCUCGUAAACAGCUGCUGCAGCAGUGGAGCAGCAGCCUGGUGGGGAUGGCGAGACGAGACGAGGCCUUCAGCGCCAUGCAGGACGCUGUACGCACCGUGGAGCAUCAGGUGAUCCUGCUGGACAGAGAGAUCGAAGGUUACAAGAGAUCCAUCAGUGAAGAACAGGAGCAGAAUGAAACGUUAACCAUGCAGCUCAACUGGUCCCAGAAGGACGGAGAAACCUCCAAAAAGCUGAUCAGUCAGAAACAGGCCCAGCAGGAGGCGCUACAGGCUCACUACAGCACCUGCCUCCGCACUCUGAGGGAGACGGAGCGCUCCCUGGCCAGGCUCACUAAGGAAACCAGCAGCCACCAAGCGGAGGUGAUGGAUCAGAGGAGGCAGCUGGAGAAAGAGAGCGCUGUACGUCUGGAGUUAGAGGACAAGAUCAUGAACCACAUCCAGCAGAAGCUGACUCACAACAAGGCGGCCCAGUACGCCCAGCGGCUCAGCAGCAGGAUCGCCACGCUCAAGAACGACAAGAUUUCUCAGUUGUGGCAGCUGGAGAACGAUAUAGUGGCGAUGGGACUGGAGAGCAGCAAGGUGGAGCAACUUCUGGAAAGUCUGAGUCAGACCAAUGAAGCCCUCGAUGAGGAGAUUACAAAGUACAACAAGUUACUGACGUCCAGCCAGACCAAGAUUUCUUCCUUUGUGACGCUCAUCGGGCAGAAACAGGCCACCAUCACCAACUACAACAAGCAGAUCUAUCACAUCGCAGCCAGGACCGGGAAUGAGGACCUGAGUCCUCUGCACAUCAAAGUGGAGGCCUUAAUGUCUCAGAUGAAGGAGCUGACUGCCAGGAUCAAGAGUGACAGGCAGCUGUGGAUGAAGCAGCAGGGGACUCUAGUGGGUCUGACCCGGGAGAUACAAACCAACAGCAAGGACAUGUUCAGACUGCACGCAGAGUACACCGGCAGGCAGCAGAAGAAGAUCUGCUUGGAGAGAGAGAUUGAAGCGGAGCUCCGUGAGGAGAUGGAGCUGGAGAAGAAUGCGAAGAUGCUGAGAGGAGAUCUGCUGAAACUCAACAACCUGCUGAGUAAGAACGGACAGCUGAGCCAGGAGCUGGAGCAGGAGAACGUCCUGACCGAGACAGACUUCCUCCAGAGACUAAAGGAGGCAGAGCGGGAGUCCAUCGAGAUGCAGCUGAAACACGAGAAGACUCAGGAAGAAAAAGAGAGACUCCUCAACAGUCUGGUGGAGGCUGAGCGACAGAUUCUGCUGUGGGAGAAGAAGACCCAGCUUAUAAAAGAGACUCGUUCAACUGUGGACUCAGAAGUAGGCCAGGGAGACAUCAAGAUGAUGAAGGCAGAAAUACACCGUAUGGAGGUGCGACUCAACCAGCUGAUGAAGCAGCAGGAGAAUCUUCUGAGGGAGAGUGAAGCUACGGUGGCGAGGAGGGAAACCAUCGUCCUACGCAGAGAGGUCAUAGGUCACAGCUCCCACAAACAGACCACAAAGGGCGAGCUGAGCCACCUCAGACAGGGCCUGCAGCGCAAGAUCCACGACACACACAAGCAUGUGGCGGAGGCUGAGCAGGUGAUCAGGGAGCUCCAGGAGAGCCAGGUGAGUCUGAGCGACAGGCUGGUGCAGCAGAAGCAGCAGCUGAUUGAACUGUGUGGAACCAGCUACGUCCUGGACCCUGACUAUGAAAACCUCCUGGACACCAAAGACAGGAACCUGGCCCACCUGGUGGCUCUGCAGAGCCGCAACAAGAAGCUGCAGGGUGUGUGUGACGGCAGCUACCAGGCCUCGUCCAGCAGCCAAUCGGUGGGAGGCGCUCUGCAGAGCCAGGCGGAGCGCCUCCACACCACCAGCUCCAUCCUGCACCACGUGUGUGAGGAGUUUCCUGAGCUCCAGGAGAUCCUCCGCAGGCCGUCUCAAGCUCUGGCUGCACGCACUAAACACCUCCUGCAGCAGGAGGCGUCCUGAGAGAGAGGGGAGGAUAGAGACCAGACAGUGAGUACAGGAGGAGGGAGGUAGAAUUAGCUGAAGAUAAGAGGGAAAGAUUAGAUAAGUGAUGACUGGAGAGAGUUUAUUUAAAUGUUUGCAUUCUUUUAUGUUUUGAAUGAAAUACAGAUUGUGAAACAAUGCAUUAAAAUAAAGACUUAUGACACAAUAUUAGAAACUAGAAAUUUUGAGUGUGCUUGACUCUCACCCAUACAUUAUUAGAUUAAAAUUUGAAGUGUUUUUAAAAAAAAAACAAUUUU